AUGACACGAAACACAAUUGGGUUACUCUUCACUUUUCGUGUCGCCAAGGUGGCGCCAUCUUUCAACCUCACCAUCACCACGCGAUCCGCAAAGACCAAGAGGGUUAUGUACAAGAUCACCGUGGAUGGCUGUCCGUUUCUUAGCAAUCCCAUCAUAAACAAAGUCUUGGGCUCUACCUAUCGCAAGAUACUGGUUAAUACCACCUUCAAGUGUCCCAUACCACCAAAGGUUUACUUUAUGAAAAAUGUAGCUGCACUUUUUGCAAUGCCCGCGUUUCAUCCCGCUGGACAAUUUGAGAUGAAUGCUCGCAUCAGAAUGCCACAGACCAAUGCACCUUUUGUGAUGGAUAUUAACUGGAAAUAUAGUAUAGAACAUUUGAAAUAA